UUAAUAACAUCCUACAGAAGUCAUAACACAAAUCACAUUGAAAAAUCAAAGUUACGAAAACUUGGGUAAUUUUACAGAUAACCUUCCGAUUUGGCCAAGUUUGAUUAGUUUUUCGCCAAAUUAAACAAUCCCACAGGUAAACUGACCAUGGGAAACACGGUGUCAGCGGCAGAAAAGGUUGCUUCCAACAUCGUGCCCAGCACACUGACGAAGGGCGAAGAAGCUACGCUACCGAAAGGACAUCCACCCAUCGGUGAUAAAACAGCUAUGGGCGGCAAUCCACCACCUGAAUGUCCGAUGCACCAAAAACAGCAACCUCUGCUGGUGUCGGAAUGCCCAGUAAAACACGAUGGAGCUGAAGUAAACCCGCUAAACAUGAUGCCAGCAGCGAAUCAAAAUCCAUCCCCCGGACAACCGUUCCCACUUCCUACUGAACGUCAGACUUCCUCAAUUCCAAAGGCAACGGUCGAUGGAAAGCAGGAAUUCUGGCAGUACCCAAGCCAGCAAAUGUUCUGGAACGCGAUGCUGCGCAAAGGAUGGCGCUGGGAAAAGGACGAUCUCGCACCCAAAGAUAUGGACGACAUUAUAAAGAUUCACAAUGCCAACAAUGAGCAGGCAUGGCAGGAGGUACUUAAAUGGGAAGCGCUGCAUGCACGCGAAUGUGGUAAUCCACGAUUGAAGAGUUUCGGCGGAAAGGCAACGGAAUACAGUCCGCGGGCGAAAAUUCGCAACAUGAUGGGGUACGAGUUGCCAUUCGAUCGACACGACUGGAUCAUCGAUCGGUGCGGCAAGGAUGUGCGCUACGUGAUCGACUACUACGACGGUGGAAUGGUGGACGAGAAGUACAAAUUUGCACUGCUGGAUGUGAGACCCGCCAUGGACUCGUUUGAAAACGUCUGGGACCGCAUGAAGGUAGCGUACAUGCGAUGGAAGUUCGAGCUGGAAGAUAAAUUAAAAGAGUUGACAAAUUAAGCACGCUGCCAUUGACCACGUACGCGCGAAGUAGAGCCUACAGCUUACCGAUUUACAUUUAUCGCAAAUUCGGUUUACAAAUUACCGAACAAUUCGUGAAGGAGAAUAUUUAAAUUAAAUAGAUAUACUGCACACGCUAAUAACGAAGUAAUGGAAAUGAUUCAAACAGUUGCGUAGAGAUUACGACAAAUUCUCUGAAUAAAUUCUAGCCCUCGUUUUUACCCACCUACAAAAA